AAACUCCAACCAUAGUUCUCUCUCUUUAUAAACCUCUCUGCCACUUUCCUCCAACCUCACACAAACCCAAAAUCAACACAUCAAAAAAUGGAUCGUAACAGUGUUCUCUCCCUCGCAUUGAUCUGCAUUAUCUUCGCCGGCGUCGGAGGACAAUCUCCAACCGGAGCUCCAACAACCGCACCUACCGUCAAAACACCUACUGCCGCUCCCGUCGCUCCCGUCGCAGCUCCUACCAAACCAACAGCACCAGCACCAGUAGCCAAAUCACCAGCAGCAUCAGCUCCUGCUACAUCUCCAACUGCUGCACCUGUGGCUCCGGCUAAAUCUCCUGCAAAUGCUGUUGCUCCAGUAGCAAAAGCACCAGCAGCUACACCUCCAGUGGUUGCUCCAGUGAGUUCACCACCGGCACCAGUUCCGGUGAGUUCACCACCUGCACCUGUUCCAGUGAGUUCUCCACCUACACCUGCACCGGCAGUUACACCGGUUGCUGAGGUUCCUGCUCAAGCUCCAAGCAAAUCAAAGAAAAAGGGAAAGAAAGGUAAGAAACACGGUGCUCCAGCACCUUCACCGUCAUUGUUGAGUCCUCCGGAACCACCUGUCGGUGCUCCGGGACCUGGUGAUGAUGCUUCGUCUCCUGGUCCAGCUACUACUGCUGCCGAUGAGAGUGGAGCAGAGAGCAUCAGGUGCUUGAAGGUGAUAGGAGGACUUGCAUUGGGCUUGGUUAGCCUUGUUUUCAUGUUCUAGAGAUGAGAUGAGAUUCCAUUGCUGUUGUGUAACUUGUGUUACUAGUAUAUGGCUAUAUUCAUUCAUGUAUCAUUUAUUUUCUUAUUUUGGCCCUGUUAUGGGCUAAUAACACAUUAAAUUUAUUUACCAUUGUUUUUUUUCUUUCUUUCAAACUCUUGAUAUUCUAUUAUUAUAUUGAUGAGAUUAUGAUUUUGCCAUUA